AUGGCGGAGUCUGUGGAGUCGCGGCUGGACGAUGUGGACCGCGAGGUGUUGGGCGCCACUUACAUUGUGGAGGCGCUGCUCGGCGAGGGAACGUACGGCGUCGUCUUUCGGGCCCGCAACGCCGUCACUGGGGCGAUGUACGCCAUUAAGAAGUUGAGGAUCGACGGCCACAGCGAGGGCGUGCCGGCCACUACUCUGCGGGAAGUGACACUCCUGCACGAUCUCCGUCAUCAUCCAAAUGUGGUGCGGCUGUUGGAGGUGCUCUGCGGCCAACACCGUGUGUAUUUGGUGUUUGAGUUGUUGGAUGAGGAUUUACGUUCAUUCAUUCGUCGAUAUCGACGCAGUAGAUCCGGUAAGCAGACCGUGUCGGUGGUGCCAUUACACAUUGUGAAGGAUUUCACCCGGCAAAUGCUCCAUGCCUUGUGGAGUUGUCAUAAUAAUCGAAUUAUUCACAGAGACUUAAAACCGGGAAAUACACUCAUCUCCGCUCGCAAACAAAAGGAUGGAGAGACGGAGGAAUCUUAUAUAUUAAAACUUGCGGAUUUUGGUUUGGCAAGGACAUUUGAAAUGCCUCUACUCACAUAUACAAGAGAGGUGAUGACACUGUGGUAUCGUGCUCCAGAGAUUCUUCUUGGGGAAAAACAUUACACACCGGCGGUGGAUGUUUGGUCGCUUGGUUGUAUUGUAGCGGAAAUGAUUGUCGGCCAUUCACUUUUUCAAGGAUCUACAAAUGUGGAACAAUUGGAUAAAAUAUUUUACGUUGUUGGUACACCAACUGAAGAAACAUGGCAGGGAUUAACAUCACUUCCUGGAUAUGAUAGUUCUUUUAAAGUCUAUCGCGUAGCUCCUCUUCCAACACGACUGCCUGAUUUUGAUACAGCAGCAAUAGAAUUUGUUGCUUUUCUAUUGCAGACAAACCCAAAGAGUCGACCAACAGUGACAGAGGUUCUUAAACAUCCAUUCCUUCAGGAUGAUUGA